UUUUGAUGGCUUACGCAGCACAGCAAUGGUCCUUCAUGGAUCGAGUAGGAAAAGUUACUCUCCACUGCAAAAAAUGCGACACAGUACUGGCCACAAGGGAAACUGUGAUGUUGGCCAAAGUACCCCUCUUUGGUACACACUUGGCCGUCAGGGAGGGGAAGAAGGAACAAGUAGAAGGGAAACUUCAUAAGGUUGCAAAUGAAAAGGGCGGGAAAAGUGCACUUUAUUGCCCUUUCAAUUUUCUUUGCCGAGGGUGUGGCGAACGUGUUGCAAAGGUAAGAAAGGUACAAGGGAAACAGCUUAUUUGUUUUAGAAUAAAGCGUGUCAAUAUUUCUCACAAUGGAAAAAAGAUUAUGGCGAACAAACUGUCAAAAGUGAGCAAGGAGUUGGAAGAAGAGUGUGGCAUUGAAGUUGUCACCGUUACGAAGUAUGCACCAGAAACAGGAAGAGCAGACCAAUCCCGUGGAGAUAGUGAAGCCAUGGUUUAUUGUGAUACGAGUGGGUGGACUCGCACAUCGCACGAACUAGACCCCUUAACGCGAAAAGAGCCGCGAGACUCUCAGCGGGAGGUGUUCCUUUCUGCCAUGCGCGGUAAUACGCUAGUAUAUGUACCCACUGGCUUAGGAAAAACCUUGAUUGCAGCCAUGGUGAUGAGUUGUAUGAAGAAGUUGAACCCAAGCAAAGUUAUGGUAUUCCUCGUCGACCGAGCACCGUUAGCGUACCAACAACGUGAUUACAUCAAGUCACACCUGACAGAUUUAACGGUGGAAAUACUGGUUGGUAAAAUGAAGUCUCUUCAAAAUGGGAGUAUUCAUCAAAAAUUAGCUUAUAACAAAGUUGAUGUGUUAGUCUUAACACACCAGAUAUUCCUUAACUUUUUAGCCGCAGAGAACAACCCACCCAUUCGUCUGUCUGAUGUUUCAGUCCUGGUGUUUGAUGAGGCUCAUCACUGCAGCGGAAACCACCCGUACAACAAGAUUAUGGAGUACUACAAAAAGACGCCAAACCGGUUUAAACCUGUUGUGCUCGGUCUGACAGCCUCGCCGCCCGGAGAGCUUACAGUCAAAAGAACCAGCAAGAAACUUGAAAAGCUCCUUGAGAACUUGGAAAGUGCAGUAGUGAUGCCCAUUGAGUCGGAUUUGUUGCUUCAUGUUAAUAUCCCAGGCGUGAUUUAUGAAAGAUCUGACUGCAUGAACACUGAUCAAGUUCUCCUCCAGGAAUAUAUCGAAGAACACAUCAAAUAUCUAAUAGACGUCCACUUCAAAGAUGUACCGCAUCGUAAAAGUCUUGCGUUUCCUGUAUUCUCGUCGAAUUUUAGAGGUGCGCUGAGAAAGCUGAUCGAUAGUUACCAUGGUAACACGAACUCCUUUGAAGCGCUGAUCGUUGUUGAGCAUGCAAUGGACUUGCUUAGCGUUGUUGAGUUUUGUGAAGUUCUUGGUUACCAGUAUGCUGUUGAAAGUCUCAAAGAAUGCGUGUACCCCAUUGUUUCCGCUAAGUCGCGGAAACAUAGUGCCCUGAACAGGUUAAUUGGAAGUCAAUGUACUUUUCAAGCCCUCAAAAAUUUGGUAGAUCAAGCACGCAGGGCUGACUACGCUCGUGCAGUUGUCAUGUCGGACAGGUACAAGAUUCUUGUGAAGCACUUAGAGCAGUUUCUUCACCAAGUUCGGGAAGACCCAACUUCUAGAGGUAUCAUAUUCGUAAACUUGCGCAAAACGACCUUCAAAGUGUGCGAGCAGAUAAGAAGAGAUAUCCCGAUUGUGGCCAAAAUGUUAAAUCCCUACCCUAUUGUCGGCCGUGGUCAAGGAAGCUAUGACGGAAUAACGUGGAAAGAUAAACAGGAAAAGCUGUUAAGAAAGUUCAGAGAAGGAGAAUCCAAGCUGCUGAUUUGCACGAGUGUUUUGGAGGAAGGACUGGACAUCCCCGAAUGCAACCUAGUCGUUGGCUUCGAUGGUGCGACAACACUGCGGGCGUUAGUUCAGACUCGCGGGCGCGCGUCCCGUAGAUCUAACAGUAAGUUUGUCGUUAUCUGCAAUGAAAAACAAGAAAAAGAUGCCAAAGAUUUGUGUCUCAAGGAACAGAACAUGGAAGAAGCCAUCAACUGUUUAAUGAAGAACCCGAGGCGUCAAUCGCAAGCAGAGGAGUUCGAAUGCGAAGCGAAAAAACCUAAGCUUUUUCUCCCCAGCGCAGAGGAAAGUGGUGCAGAUACUUCUCCAGUCAUGCGCUACAGCCCUCGCAUAUCUGUCACGGUGCGCAAUAUGGUAGAUCAAACAUCCCGUGUGAUAGAUUUUCUGAACGACAACUUCCACGUGAUAUCUUCAAAGCCAAUUAAGUCCACUUCAUCGCCCGAUGAAGCACUUACAAAGAAACCCACAUCAGAUGAUAUGGCCUUUGAACUCGAACCAAGCUACACUGAAGAAGUCAAGGAGUUUCGCUCACAAGAAGAGUUUGCAUGUCACGUGACAGAAGCGUGGUGCAUGCACCUCACCGACCGUGACGAGAAACCACUUCCGGUUUGGCUCGUAGCCCCGCCAUUAGAGACACGCCCCAAAUCUAACAAGCCAUUUCAUGUGUUAAAAGCAAGUUGUUUAUGCCUUGGUACUUUAAUAAGUCGAUGCCAUUUUCAGUGUGAGUGGCCUCUACAACCCACCCUAAAAGACACUAAGAUUCAUUUUGAUCACAGCAUCAAGAUGCUGACCUCGCAUUCCUCCAGGCAAUCUUCUGUCGUUCUUGAUGAAGGUGCUGUUACUAGAGUUUCUUACAAGAUAGAACUUAGCUACGACGAGAUUGAAGAUUUCAUAAUCGUGGACACUGAUAGAAGUGCAGAAGCCAUCAACGUCUUUCUAACAGCGAGACACCCUCCACGGCUGUAUAAGCAUGAAAUAAUGGGAGAUUUCUUCAAUCUCGUUCAAAUAGAUGAACAAAAUGACGGAGAUGACUCAGUCGUUUCGACAAGUAACGAUGAAUCGGAAACCGAAGGCCUCCCGACCGACGAAGAAUACGCAGAUGUAGGUACAGCCGAUGUUUAUGACGCCUCCCCAGAUCUCUCACGUAACCCCACGGAUGAUAAAAGCUGGGAAAGGGCGUCAGAUUUCCACAAUGGUGAGAAUGCCGUAAGCCAGUGUCUUACUUACUGUGUUAAAAUACCAUUCAAUGAGGUUGUCCAGUUGAGACGCUUGUUGACCACAGUCGAGAAAAGAUUCCACAAAAGUGUAUUUUACUGCCGAGUGAAGGAGAGCUAUGGGAAAAUACCAGAUGUAGACAUUCCCGAUAGUUUGCCGUUUGAAGUCAAGUAUGCCGCUGGAAGUGUCCUCAGUUUGCAUCCUUUCAUUCGCGGGAGAGUGCCACGAGGAAAAUUUGGUGGACUCUUGCUGAGCAAAUCUUCUAAUAUAGCUAUUGCCGCUUUGGAAAAAUUGAAUAAAGUGUUGGAAAAAGACAAGUUCUGUGACCCAGGCAGCACUCUGGAGUCGCUACUGAAACAAAACAACCCAUCGACCUCCGGAAUGUAUAACAGGCUGGUCCCAGGCCAUUGUGCUUUGAUAAAGCGCGCGGUCAUCACCCCAACGAGACUGUUGUUCUACCCACCGGAAGUCAUGGAGAAGAAUCGCGUUCUCAGGAAUUAUGAUACAGAAAACUUCCUUCGUGUCAAUAUUCGUGACGAAGACCUGUCAAAGAUAUCUGCAGCAAGAGGAAAUAUCGACGACAUAUUAGACGGAGUAAAUCGUAAAUUGGGUGAAGGACUAGUGGUAGGUGGUCAGCGGUUUCAAUUUUUGGGUUCCUCGAACAGUCAGCUUCGCAACCAUAGCUGUUGGUUUGUAGGGCUCAGUUCUCUACCGGAUGACAUACGUCACUGGAUGGGAGACUUCACCAAUAUCAAGUGUGUUGCCUCAUACAUGGCUCGUAUGGGUCAGUGUUUUUCCACCUCCUUAGACGCUGUGGGGUUUGCGACCAGUGAGGAUACCUAUCAUGAGGAAGAAGAUGAUGUUAAGACAGCUGACGGAGGAUACUGCUUCUCCGACGGAGUCGGAAAGAUAUCCGAAGAGUUGGCCGCAGAGGUUGUCCGACAAAUUGGUAAACCUUUCAAACCAUCUGCAUUUCAAGUCCAUUUCGCCGGCUACAAAGGAGUCCUUGCGCUAGAUCCUAGACUUCCAGGGAAACAGGCCAUCUUUCGUAAGAGCAUGUUCAAGUUUGAUAGCUUUCACCGCAGACUGGAAGUAUUGCAGACUUCUCGUCCUCAGGUCGCUUUCCUCAAUCAUGAGGUGAUCAUGCUUCUGUCUAACCUUGGAGUCCCGGAUGAAGUCUUCAUCAAAUUGCAAAACGACGUGUUAGACAAGUUGGCAGGGAUGCUUGUGAAUGAACGUGAUGCUAUUGGGGAGCUACUGGGGAGUGGAGCCAAAAUGGGCGUGUCCUAUCACACUGUUUCUAAUGCAGGGAUACCGCUGACAACAGAGCCAUUCUUUAAAUCACUUUUGGUGGCCAUGUACCGAAAUCACAUGCACCGAAAUCACAUGCUCGAACUGCAUUCCCAAGCCCGCAUUCCUUUGCCACCAGCGGAAGCACGCUUGAUGAUGGGUGUGAUGGACGAGUUGAGUGUACUGAAACCUGGUCAAGUUUUCGUACAGUAUUCCGCGGUUGUAACACGUGAAGAUCGGGAUGACGAGUUUGACAAGAACAAAAAAAUUGUGCUGAAGGGACCGGUGGUGGUUACUCGUAAUCCAUGCUUACAUCCGGGGGAUGUACGUCAGCUCGAGGCUGUUGACGUACCAGGCCUCUGUCAUCUUGUGGACUGCAUCGUUUUCCCAAGCCGAGGCUCGCGGCCACAUCCUAACGAGAUGGCAGGUAAUAUGCCUAUUGCGACAUUUGUGGUGGAUUACAUCCGGUCUGACCAGUUAGGCGUGAUUGACAACGCGCAUAAGGCUUUGGCGGAUACCGAGAAAGACGGCGUGCAAUCCGAGAUUUGUAUUUUUCUUGCAGAACUGCACUCUUUGGCAGUUGACGCACCCAAAACGGGAAAAUGGCCGGGUACUAAUGGUAUUGGGAAGAUAAAAAGGCUUCCUGAUUUCAUGAUGAAGAGCGAUAAACCAAGUUAUCCCUCAGAAAAGGUUCUAGGAAAGCUCUAUCGACGCUGUCGGAAGUUCAAAGAUACUACAUCUGAAAAAUACGAUCAAAAAGUCCGUUUGGACGAGUCCUUCCUGUUGCCAGGUAACGAUAGAUUCGUUGAAAACGCCAAAGAAGUCUAUUUUUGGUAUCGUGACAAGAUGGAGAGUUUGAUGCGGGUGUACGGCAUCGAAACCGAGGCAGAAAUCAUCACUGGCUGUUUCAUGAAGCUUCGAAAUCACUUACAUGAAGAAAAAACAGAGAUUGCCGAACUCGUCAGCGAAGAGCUGUUCGCGAUACGCUCGUACCUCCGUCGGGAAUUCUUUCGCGAAUUCGACAGCGAUGGACAGUGGUUAAAAGACGAGGUGCUGAUUUCGGAUGAGAUGCGUUUAAAGGCCUCGGCUUGGUACAUAGUGGCCUACACGCAUGCACAUGAUCACGAUAAUGAUUCAGACGAAAACCCCGAGAAGAGGCUACUCAGUUUUCCUUGGUUUAUCAAUGAUGUCAUGCUCGCCAUCAAAACGCGAAAAGAUCGUCCCAGUCAGCCCCAGGCCUUAGACGUUUGCGCAACCGUGGGUCAGAGCCUUGUUAGGGUGUUUGACGAAGAGAAGGCCUGGUUACUUGAGGAGUUCAGAGUUCGAAUAAGAACAGAAAACGUUAUAUUUCGCCAUCUGCAGGCUGUUGAUUCCACUUUCUCGAUGACUAUGAUUGGCUCUACUGCUACACUGCUAUUUCACAAGACUUCGAAUCUGGAUUUGUGCUUUUUACCUCAGGAUAUCCAGGCACGAAACCUACCUGCUAUCCCUGUGGUGUCACCACAAGGAAAUAACACUUCGAUUGAGGAACAAGCGAAAGUAUUGAAGUCCCUGAUUCCUCUCAUGAAGGAGGAGACGUCAAAGGAACAAGAGCAACAAGACGAAAACUUUAAAAAUCUUUUCUGGAAAGUUCAACUUGUCAACAAAAAGCAUUUCCCCGUAAGUAAGACUUUCCUGUUAUUUAAAAAGUUGACCACCUAUAACCAUGACUUAGUUUUUAUUUCCUCAGUACCGUGUAAGAAUAAAGGACCAAUUUUAGAGCCUUUCGUAAACCCCAAACCAAAGCAACCACAACAGCCCAUAAUAACAACGGAAAAGUCACCAGGAGCCAAUGAGAAGUUGAAGUGAAAGCAAGCAAUUUACCUGAAGCUCGGAAAGACCCCAGUGACCAAGUUGUGAUUGGUUGCAGCUUCGAAUCUGUUUGGUUUCGAAUGUGGCGCAAGUUUUUUAGGACCAAUAAUAGUGCUUUUAGUUACUGGAUAUCUUAGGGUGUAUAUCUUUACUAAGAGCUCUAAAAGACCUGAUGUAGAUGACUUCACUUACGCCGUAGCUUUAGUAUAAGUUGUUCACAUGUGACUUCGUAAACCAUGACACUGUUGAAUUAGUGUUGAGACA